AUGUGCGUGGCAGGAGGGAGGGCGUUGAUUGUCGUCGUUCACAAUCAAUACCAAUUGGCCCUGGCUCCGACUGGGUCCCUCUAUCGCGAAUAUCUACUGGAUGACACGCGAGUCGAUGCCAUUGUAGGUGAAUGGAAGUAUGCGGAGUUGGAAGGUGGAGUCGUCUUGGGUGUGGCCCGAGCUUUGAUCUCGCAUGACGUCCAUCAAUGCUGCUUCGAGGACAUUUAUCACAAUUGUACAUACACCUUCCCAUACCGGUAUAUUGCCAUUGCCUUCCACCGUCCCGACAAGCAACAGCCCAUAAUACUGAACAUGUCAACCACGCGCGCCCUCCAUCGCCUGGCGCGCCUCACACCACGCACAACCACAACCACAACCACCCUCCGCACCUUCACCACCACCUCCACCCAACAUGCCGACCUGUCCGCCCUUAACGCCCGCGGCAACGACACGGCACCCACCUACCGCAAAUUCCAGAUCGAGAAGCCCCUAAACCCACACAUGACCAAUACAAACUCGACCAUCGCGAACGAAAUGCCGAGUAUAGGCAAAGACAACGCCCCGCCGGAACUCCUCACCAACGUCGACCCGAACUUCACCCCCAAGGACAGCAAACCCGAGAACACGGCGCGCAUGACCGGCGGCACGCAGGAGGGCGAGCCGAAGGAAGGCACGAAUGCGGAAUUGAAGGUAGGUGAGAUCGAGGGUGGAUCCUUCCGCGUCGAGCCCCUACGUCGCACAGGCGAGGAUGCGAAUACCAUGCGAGCCCGUCUCCUUUACCAAUCCCGCAAAAGAGGCACCCUAGAAUCCGACCUCCUCCUCUCCACCUUCGCCGACCAGAACCUCGCCUCCAUGUCGAUGCCGCAGCUCCAACAAUACGAUCUCUUCCUCGACGAAAACGACUGGGAUAUCUACUACUGGGUCACGCAGGAACCGACGCCCACUUCCAUGGCCUACGCCGAAGGAGCCGGUCCUGGUUUCGCCUCCCCUGAAGCUCAAGGUAAAGCUUCGGAUUCGAUGCCCGAGAAGCCGUCAGCGGACUCGGGACCUAGAGCGCCGGCGAAGGGGGAAUGGGCGCAGACGGUGGGGACUUUUAAGCCGGCGUAUCGGCCUGUUCCUGCACGGUGGAAGAGUAGUGAGGUUUUGUCGAUGUUGAGGAAACAUGUUAUUGAUCGGAGUGCGGGGGGUGUGCAUGUUAGUGAGGAUGGGGAGAUGGCGGAGCCCAAGGGGAGUGGGAAGGGGAUGCAAUUUAUGCCUCAGUUGAAGAACUUUGAUGUGUGA